AUGACUCGAGAACCUACAAACUCGCUAAUACUUACCAAACUCGAUCAAUCGCUCCUCGCGGAUCCACAGAUUCUCGCCGAUCUCUUGGUUUCUCGCAACUUCAACGUGGAGUUGGUCUUUCUACCCAAAUUCGCUAGAUACAUCAUCAUCUGUGCAUCUAGUCUGGUGGCCCUUCAUGUUCAAGAUUUCUUAUCGCAAAAUCUCAAGGAUAAAGUGACAAUCUCCUAUAGCAUCAAAGACAACCGGCUGGAGAUCUUGGAGGACCACCUGUGGCUAUUGCAAUCCGAAAAGGGUGAUUCAACGUAUCUUGAGCUUCCUCUGGAGGAAGGUACACGAAGAUUUCUCAUUCUGCCUCCACUUUCGCCCCAUACGGAGUGGUCUGACUACGGUAAGGAAGAGGAGGGCCCCAACAAGAAGGCCGUCUACUCUCCAGAAGAGCUUUCCCAUCUUCUAUGGGACCGGUUUGGAGGUUUCGAAAGUUCAACUCUCAAAAGAUUCAAUGUGGAGGCCAGCGACGACGAUGAAAACGAAGAAGAAGAUACUCUGGGCUUUGUAGACAUUUCUAAUGGGCCUGAGGUGCUUUUUGAAGACAUUCACAGCGGAGUGCCAGCUAUAGUGGUGGAUAGUGUGAAGAAUCAGAAAAAGGGCUACACUCCGCCACUUCCCAAAACGGCCAUGCCGCCACAAUAG